AUGAAGAGUACACAUGGAGGGUGUGAGACAUCAUUCUUAUUGUCGAAAUUUAUCUACAGGAAAAGUUACUUAUCCACUAUAUAUAUAUUAAAAAAACAAAAAAGAAGGAAGAAAUAUAGUGCAAACUUCAAAAAUCAAGCCAUAGAAAAAAGGAAAUGUAGGAUCAAUAUUAUUCUUAGAUGAGUAUUGAUAAUUGGAACAUCCUGUAAAUACAUCUAUGAGUGAAGAAAGCGAUAAAGAUGUAAAUAGAAGAAGUGAAGUCUAGAUUGUUAUUCCAAGGAGUGUUUAAACAUUUAAGUGCUUGACAUCAUUCUUAAAUACUUGAUAUAAGAAUCCAAAGUGUUUAAAGGUGCAUCAUUUCUAAUUGUAUUUUUUUUCUAUAUUGAAAUAUGAUGUUUGAGAUUUGUAAAAUUUUAUUUUUGUAAUUCCAUUGCUAAGGGACUAGCAAUGAUUUAAGUUGGGGGGUGUGAUAAGUCUUUAUUAUCAUGAGUUAAUAAUUAGUUAGUAAUAUAAUUUUCACCUUAAAUCAUGAUAAAUAGACUUAUAUUUAUGUUAAAGUGUGAAAAGUGGUUUUCAGUUGAUUAACGUGAAUUUUUGGAUAAUUAUGUGAUUUUAUAUGAUUCUUACAGUCUUACUUUUGAGAUAAAUGAAGAACAAGAAAUAGAAAUAAAAAUAUUGCAAAAUGGGGGGACCCGCAAGCGGGUCGGAAGCGUAGUCGGGGAGUAGCCGCAAGCAGGGGCUCGAGCGGCUUGGCUUGGACCGAUAGGGGGACGUGUGCGCCACUCCCCUUCCAUGUCACCGGUGGCCAGCCGGCUGUGGGGCAAGGAGUGGUCGUACACACGAGAGAAGUGACUUUGCUUAUAAAGCUAACAUUACUAUAUAUUCGCCCAAAAAAUUGGCGCACAACCGAUGUGGGACUAAACCCGCGUCACACCUUCCUCAGAAGAGGCAGGCAACCGACGUGGGUUUGAAUCUUUCCAGAGUCAAAAUUCAUAUAUUUUUAUCUGAUUAUCGCAACUUUUGCUGCAGAUCGCCGGUGAAGGAUUAAGCAACAAGAAUCGCUGGAUCAUCGGCGAAAAUCUCAUCAACACGAUUCACGGAGCAUUGCUACUAAAAUUGCUGAACGAUUCGCGAUAAAAGGAUCGCGAAUCCAUUGAGUAAAUCAUCUCCGAUUGAUCGACGAACAAGCCGUCGUCGGGAAGAGGACGAUCCGUCAGGAGAUGAGUCGCCACCUCUUGAGAGCGUACCAGAUGCGAUGAAGAGCCUCCUCUUGCUGCGCGGACCUGAGGAUGAAGCUCCCUAACAUGUGCCCCACCUCCAUCCAGCUCCUCUCCGUCGGGUGACAGCCGCUGGAGAGCCGCAAAGUCACCAUUUUUCUGCUCCGCCGGGUGAUAGCCGCCGGAGACGAUUCGACGACCCAUUUCAUUAAUCUCUAGACUCCGCGAGAAGAUCUAGAGAUUGCCCACAUCGUCCUUGUCCAAGGAGAGCCUUUGAGGCCGUGGACACUGCACGACGAUCCUCCCGAACACUCAGAAUUCCGGUGCAUCGCCGAUGCAUCACCAUCGCGACACCGGAACUUUGUUUUCCUGCUUUCAACUUACUUUACGCUUCAUUUAGUGAUAGUUUUUGUGAUUUUAAUUUACCAAAAUAUACUUUGUUCUAUUACGAUUCUUCCGGCUUUUACAGAUCUUAAUUUGAUCAAUUAAAUCGUCUGUAAUCGCUUACGUAAGAAUCACCGGGCGGAACUCUGUUUUUGCCCGAUUCGCAUUCGCCAGGCGCUGACGUCAUCCUGACGUCAUCUUGACGUCCGCACCCUUAUUUCCCUUUUUCGUGAAUUUUAAAUAUAUUUCCUUUUAUUUCUUAGUAUAUAAUUCAUAUAAAAUAUUAUUCAUAGAGGAAAAUUCUGAAUAAUUACCAGAUAUUAUAUUACAUUCUUAUGAUCGACUUGGAAAAUUACUGCUAUUUUUGGAAGUUUUAUUGAAUUAUAAUUGAUAUAUUUUUUCAGAAAUACUUCUAAAUAUCCAAAAAUUUGUAUUUUCUAGUUUUAUAAAUUUUAUAUUUGCAUGAUUUAAUAUACAACGACUAAGUCACGUCAUCCGUGCAGCAAGAGGAGGCUCUUCAUUGUUAAGGGACUAGCAAUGAUUUAUGUUGGCGAGUGUGAUAAGUCUUCAUUAUCAUGAGUUAAUAAUUAGUAAAUAAUAUAGUUUUAGCCUUAACUCAUGAUAAAUAGACUUAUAUUUAUGUUAAAAUGUGAAAAGUGGUUUUCAAUUGAUUAAUGUGAAGUUUUAGGUAAUUAUGUGAUUUUACAUGAAUUUAUAUGAUUUUUACAGUCUUGGUUUUGAGAUAAAUGAAGAAAAAGAAAUAAAAAUAAGACAAAAUGAGGGGGACCCGCAAGUGGGUCGGAAGCUCAGUCGGGGAGUAGCUACGAGCAGGGGCUCGAGCGGCUUGGACAGAUAGGGGCAUGUGUGUGCCACUCCCCUUCCAUGUCACCGGUGGCCAGCUGACUAUGGGGUAAGGAGUGGUCGUACACGCAAGAGAAGGAACUUUGCUUAGAAAACUAACAUUACUAUAUAUUCGCUCGAAAAAUCGGCACACAACCGAUGUGGGACUAAACCCGCGUCACACCUUCCUCAAAAGGGGCGGACAAUCGGCGCGGGUUUGAAUCCUCCCAGAGUAAAAAUUCAUAUAUUUUUAUCUGAUUAUCACGACUUUCCUGCAGAUCGCCGGUGAAGGAUUAAGCAACGAGAAUCGCUGGAUCAUCGGCAAAAAUCUCGUCAAUGCGAUUCGCGGAGCAUUGCUACUAAAAUUGCUGAACGAUUUGCGAUAAAAGGAUCACGAAUCCAUCGAGUAAAUCAUCUCCGAUUGAUCGACAAACAAGCCGUCGUCGGGAAGAGGACGAUCUGUCGAGAGACGAGUCGCCACCUCUUGAGAGUGUACCAGAUGCGAUGAGGAGCCUCCUCUUGCUGCGCAAACCUGAGGAUGAAGCUCCUUGACACGCGCCCCACCUCCAUCCAGCUCAUCUCCGUCGAGUGACAGCCGCCGGAGAGCCACAAAGUCACCUUUUUUCCGCUCCGCCAGGUGACAGCCGCCGAAGACGAUUUGACGACCCAUUUCAUUAAUCUCUAGACUUCGCGAGAAGAUCUAGAGAUUGCCCAUGUCGUCCUUGUCCAAGGAGAGCCUUCGAGGCCGUGGACACUGCACGACGAUCCUCCCGAACACUCAUAAUUCCGGUGUAUUGCCGACACAUCGCCGUCGCGAUGUCGAAACUCUGUUUCCUACUUUCAACUUAAUUUCCGUUUCAUUUAGUGAUAAUUUGUUUAUUUUAAAUUUACCAACAUAUACUUCAUUUCAUUACGAUUCUUCCGUCUUUUACAAAUCUUAAUUUGAUCAAUUAAAUCGUCUGUAAUCGCUUACGUAAGAAUCACCGAGCGGAACUCUGUUUUCGCCUAAUUCGUGUUCGCUGGGCGCUGACAUUAUCCUAACGUGUGCACCCUUAUUUCUUUUUUUCCGUGAAUUGAAAAUAUUUUUCCUUUUCAUUUCUUAGUAUAAAAUUCAUAGAAAAAAGUAUUCUUUGAGGAAAUUUCUGAAUAAUUACCAGAUAUUAUAUUACAUCCCUGUGAUCGACCUGGAAAAUUAUUGCUAUUUUUUGGAAGUUUUAUUGAAUUAUAAUUGAUAUAUUUGUUCAGAAAUACUUCUAAAUAUCAGAAAAAUCAUAUUUCUUAGUUUUAUAAAUUUUAGAUUUGUGUGAUUUAAUAUACAACGACUAAGUCACAUCAGCGGGCAACCAACGCAGGUUUGAAUCCUCCUAGAGCCAAAACUCAUAUUUUUAUCUGAUUAUCGUAACUUUCCUGUAGAUCGCUAGUGAAGGAUUAAGCAACCAGAAUUGCUAGAUCAUCGACGACAAUCUCGUCAACGCGAUUUGUGGAGCAUUGUUACUCAAAUUUCUGAAGGAUUCACGAUAAAAGGAUCGUGAAUCCAUCGAGUAAAUCAUCUCCGAUUGAUCGACGAACAAGCCAUCGUCGAGAAGAGGACGAUCCACCGGGAGACGAGUCGCCACCUCUUGAGAGCGUACCAGAUGCGAUGAAGAGCCUCCUCUUGCUGCGCAGACCUGAGGAUGAAGCUCCCUGACAUGCCCCCCACCUCCAUCCAGCUCCUCUCCGUCGGGUGACAACUGCCGGAGAGCCACAAAGUCGCCGUUUUUCCGCUCUGUCAGGUGACAGCCGCUAGAGACGAUUCGACGACCCAUUUCAUUAAUCUCUAGAGUUUGCGAGAAGAUCUAGAGAUUGCCAACGUCGUCCUUGUCCAAGGAGAGCCUUUGAGGCCGUGGACACUACACGAUGAUCCUCCUGAACACUUAGAAUUCUGGUGCAUCGCCGACGCAUCGCCGCUGCGACGUCGGAACACUGUUUUCCUGCUUUCAACUUAAUUUCCAUUUCAUUUAGUGAUAAUUUGUGUAAUUUAAAUUUACCAACAUAUACUUCAUUUCAUUACGAUUCUUUCAUCUUUUACAGAUCUUAAUUUGAACAAUUCAAUCGUCUGUAAUUGCUUACGUAAAAAUCACCGGGCGGAACUCUAUUUCUGUGCGAUUCGCGUUCGCUGGGUGCUGACAUCAUCCUAACGCCCGCACCCUUGUUUCCUUUUCUUGUGAAUUUUAAAUAUAUUUCCUUUUCAUUUCCUAGUAUAAAAUUCAUAGAAAAUCGUAUUCAUUGAGAAAAAAAAUCUGAAUACCAAAUAUUAUAUUACAUCCCUGUGAUCGACGUGCAAAAUUACCGCUAUUUUUGGAAGUUUUAUUGAAUUAUAAUUGAUAUAUUUGUUCAGAAAUACUUCUAAAUAUCUAAAAAAUUGUAUUUUUUAGUUUUAUAAAUUUUAGAUUUACAUGAUUUAAUAUACAACGAUUGAGUCACGUCAAAUUUUGGUGCCGUUGCCAGGGAUGUAUUGUAUAAUAUUUAGUAUUUUUCUAUUUUUCUCUUAGAGUACACAAAAAAAAUUAACUCUUAUUUUAUUUUCUUCUUCCCGAAUUUUUUUUUUUAGAAAAAGGGAACGAAAAGAAGCAAGGCAAGGACUGGAGCAUACUGAAGGAGGGUAACAAUUAAUAAACUUUUCUCUCGAAUUUAUUGAUUUUUUAUGUAUGGUAGAAGAUCCUUGCAUCCAAGGCUAGAAAAUCCUUUCAUUAUUUCAUUCAAAACAAAAAAUCCGAAAGAAAAAUUAAGUUUGAUAGAUCCUGAAGAAAGUACAGGUCAAACUGAGAACAAUCCUGUGGCCAUGAAAAAUUAUUAUAUCCCUGAUUCAUUUCAAAGAGCAUCCAAUAUUAGAGUCCCAUUAGCACCCAAUGUUAAAUUCGAAAUAAAUCCAAGAAUUUUUCAAAUGCUCCCUAAUUUUCAUGGAUUGCCUUUAGAAGAACUUCAUCAGCACUUAGAAAAAUUUCAUAUGGUCUGGAAGAUAAAAUGGACCAGGGGAAGAUUAUGCAUAUAAAAGAAGACAUUAAGAAAUGGAUGAAUGGAAGAGUUAGAGAUAUCAAUUUAGAUGAAAAAAAUUUAAAUUGGGUAAGAGCUAAUUCGAAAAUUAUAUGGCCUGAUCACAUAAUAUGGUCUAUUAAUAGAAAGUAUUUAUUAAUGAAUGAGAGCCUUACAAAACAAGAUAGAAAUAAGGAAAGAUUCUUUUCAAAAUAGAAAUAUUAUUUUUGGGAAAAUCUUGUUAAUUUUCAUUUUGUUUUGGCUGAAAGUAUUUCAAGGUAUAUAUAUGAAGUAUAUGAAUUUAUGCUAAAUCUGAAAAAGAAUAUCAUGAAACUUUCCUUGGGAUACAAAUAUAUUUUGAUGGCCAUAGAUCAUCUUAUAUGAUCUUAGAGCUGUCCAGCUGGAGACAUUAAAUGCAGCGCUGCAUGGGAGGCAACCCAUGGUUUUUAUUUCAUUCUGUUUGAUUUUUUUUAAGCUCUGUUUUUCUUACAAUUUCGCAAUACUUGUUUCUUUAUUUGUUUUUUUUCGAAAAAGUGCAGGAGGAGUGUAAGACGAAGUGGAAAAUUAAAAAUGAGGUUGAGGUGAUGUCUUUCUGAGCUCUAUAAUUUCCGAAAAUAUUUUUAAUGCUUAACUUUGCGUAUAUGCAUGCUUCACUUGAAAAUUAUAUUUUCUGCAUAUUCUAUUUUGAUUUUUCUGUGUCAUUGAGGACAAUGUCAUUUUUAAGUUGGGGGGUGAAGUAUUCAUUAUCAAUUUAUGCUGUAAGACGAUUAAGAACAUGUGUUUCCAUUUUAUUCAACAUAGAACAGCAACAAAAAAAUAAAAAUAAAAUAAAAUUCAGAAAAACUGCAACAUCUAUUUUCUUGUUUUCUGUCAGGAACAACAGAUUGUCAAAAACAGCAGACAAAAAACAGCCCAAAAUUUGAAAUUCUAGAGACCCUUUUCUCACAUUUCAAUCCCCUAGACAUAUAUUACUGAAAUUCGAAAUUACAACUAUAAAGAGGAUAGUUUUGAUUUAUUUUUGAGAAAUUUAUUCUUGCUAAAAACAGAACAUAAAAUAGAAAACAGAAUUGUCAGAACUAUCUAAUUUACAAAUUUCUUACAUGAUAUUGCAUGCAUGAAAAAUUAAAUCAAUUAGAUUGAUUGAUACCAAAAGAUAUUAGGAAGAUUAUUAUUGAGUCAAAAGAAUGAUCUAGUAGCAUGAAAUGUUGGAAUACUCCUUAGAUACAUGAUAGAUAACAUGGAUUUGAUUUUACAGAUUUUCACUUCAUGAUCUUGAUGGAUAGUAUUUACUUGAUUUGAAAAUUUGAUUGAUCAUUUGAGUUUAAUAGAGAUUUUUGCACUCAGAUCUAUAGGACUUGUGAGGAGAAAUCACUUAUUUCGAAAAAAAAAAAAGAGAGAGAGCAAUGUGAAAAAUCUAGAAACAAAGAGUACACAUGGAGGGUGUGAGACAUGAUUCUCAUUGUCGAAAAUCAUGUAUAGAAAAACACUUGCUGUAAAAUAAGUAGAUAAAGUGAAAGCCCUGAAAAUUAAGAGUACACAUGGAGGGUGUGAGACAUCAUUCUCAUUGUCGAAAUUUGUCUACAGGAAAAGCUACUUAUCUACUAUAAAAGAAGGAAGAAAUAUAGUGCAAACUUCAAAAAUCAAGCCAUGGAAAAAAAGGAAAUGUAGGAUCAAUAUUAUUCUUGAAUGAUUAUUGAUAAUUAGAACAUCUUGUAAAUAUAUCUAUGAGUGAAGAAGUGAUAAAGAUGUGAAUAAAAGAAGUGAAGUCUAGAUUGUUAUUCCAAGGAGUGCUUAAACAUUUAAGUGCUUGACAUCACCUCCCCCCUACUUAAGUCUUGCAUUGUCUUUAAUGCAUGUGAGAGAAGGGAAAAGAGAAGAAAAUUCUGAUUUUUAUGCCCCAUCUACUACACUGUUGCCCCUUAAUGGUUCUAACUAAAGCACUCGACCAAUAAAAUAUGUCUGAAACAAAAGCUAGUAAGGAAAUGCAUAAAAAGAAAUGAUAGUUCUCCUCAAGAUAAAUUAUGUGCAUACACACAAAUAGAUCGUCCUGAAAUAUCUGCUAGAGACCAGCCAAUCACCUCUCUCUAUGUCCUAUGUACAUCAAGUAAUCUAUUCUCUUGAUCCUUAAACAAAUACAAUGAUAUAAUCAUUGGAUAAGCUUGAUGUUAAUCAAAAAAUACAUACUUUAGUGAAGAUGGUUGAUAAGUUUUCAUUAUCAUGAGGUAAUAAUUUAUAGUUUUAAUCUUAACUCAUGAUAAAUAGACUUAUAUUUAUGUCAAAUUAUGAAAAAUAGUUUUUAGUUGGUUAAUUUGACUAAUUAUGGGAUCUUAUGUGAAUUUAUAUAAUUUUUAUAAUCUUAUUUUUGAGGUAAAUGAAGAAAAAAAAAUAAAAAGAUAGAAGAAAGAGGAAACUUGCCGCCUAGUCAAGCCCACAAGUAGGUUGGAAGCAUAGACAGGCGGAAUCAUGAGUAAGGGCUUGAGCGACUAAAGACGGACCGAUAGGGGACACAUGUGUGUCACUCCCCUUCCACAUCAUCAAUGGCUAGUCGGGCAUGCGACAAAGAGCGGCUGUACACAUGUGAGAAAGGGACACAUUGAUUAUCAAGUCUAGUAUUACUAUAUAUCAACCUCAAAACUCAACAUAUAAUCAAAUGUGGGACUAAACCUGGGGUCACAGCCUCUGAAAAAUUUUAAUAAUUUUAAUACCUAAAAUAUCCCUUGUCUAGUAAACCACACAAAUUUAAAAUUUAUAAAACUAGAAAAUACUAAUUUUUAGAUAUUUAGAAGUAUUUUUGAAUAAUUAUAUCAAUUAUAAUUUAAUCAAAGUUCUAAAAAUAGUGGAAAUUUUCUAAGUCAAUCACAAGGAUGUAAUAUAAUAUCAGGUAAUAUUUCAGAAAUAUUCUCAAAGAAUACGAUUUUUUAUGAAUUUUAAACUAAGAAAAGAAAAGAAAAUAUAUUUAAAAUUUGUGAAAAAGGGAAAUAAAGGUGUAGAUGUCAAGAUGAUGUCAGCACCUAACGAAUGCGAACCAGGCAGAAGUAGAAUUCUGCCUAGUGAUUUUUACAUAAGCGAUUAUAGACGAUUUAAUUAGUCAAAUUAAGAUCUGUAAAAGCUAGAAGAAUCAUUACAAGAAGUAUUUUGCAAGCCUUGUUGAUCCUAAUUUCACAUGUGGAAGCCCCACGAAAUCAGCUAAGGCGCUACUACGAUUUUUAUUUUAUUUUUUCUAGUGUAAUCUUUACCAUGUUCUAUCCUUUUCUCUCAAGUUUAAUCAUGAUUAAUGAUUUUUAAAAGCAUUAACUAAUUUGAAAACUUUUCAACCGACUACUGAUCAAGAAAGAGAAGGAUUCAAUUUACUACUCAUAGUUAAUAAUAAGAAUUCAUAACAUAAAUCCGGCAGAAGAUCAAAGUAGAUUUUCUCAAUUUAAGAGUGUGGGUUAUAUGCACCGUGAAAGAUCAUGAACUUCAUCAUUUAGUUAUAAGCAUUAUAGCACCUGAUGUAAUCUCAUGUAUUCACCCUCAUGCAUUUAUUCUUCCCCCCCAAACAACCAUUCGCAUUGUCCUUAAUGCAUCUAUAUAAGAGAAAAAGGAGAAAGCAUUAAAUGUGCAAACUGAUUUUCACUCUUCAUCCUUCUGAUUUUCUUUUGUAUUAAUCCGUGUCAUGAUAUGCACUUCCUCUAGAACGCUGGAUCUGUUCGCUUAAUAAAAACUCAAGAGAAACAUCAAAGGAUAGAGAAAAAUAAUAAAAAGGGAAUGUAGUGGAAAAGAAAGCUAUGCCAUCUUAGAGUACAUGAUGGAGGGGAAGUUAUAAGAAGAUUGAGGUUCAAUGGAUGGAUCAUAUAAUUGAGUGCAAAUGGGUAAAGAAGGAGGGUUCGUUUCUAAAUAAGGUUUUAAUCUUUGCCCAUUCACAUUAAAAUUUUUACCAGUUUUUAGAUCUGCAAUUAAUACUGCACCACAGUCAAAAACUUUAAUCACAAGGUAUGGUCCAUCCCAUCUAGAUUUUAAUUUCUCGAGGAAUAGUUUCAAUCGAGAAUUGUAAAGCCACUCUUUUUGAUGCUCAUGAAAACUCUUUCUGCUCACCUUCUUGUUAUAAAAAGCCUUCAUUUUUGCUCUGUAAAUCAGAGACUUCUUGUACAUCUCAUUGGGUAGUUCUUGAAGCUCUUGCAACUACAACAUACGGUGCUUACCUACGGCGUCUAAAGAGAGAUUAAGAUUCUUUAUAGCCUAAUAAGCCUUAUGUUCGAUCUUCAUAGGAAGGUGACAAACCUUUUGACGUGACUGAGUCGUUGUAUUGUAAAUCACGUAAAUUUAAAAAUUAUAAAACUAGAAAAUACUAAUUUUUAGAUAUUUAGAAGUAUUUCUGAACAAAUAUAUCAAUUAUAAUUCAAUAAAAUUUACAAAAAUUGUGGUAAUUUUCCAAGUCGAUCAUAGUGAUGUAAUAUAAUAUUGGAUAACGUUUUAGUAUUUUUCUCAAAGAAUAUAUUUUUUUAUGAAUUUUAUAUUAAGAAAUGAAAAUAAAAUAUAUUUAAAAUUCAUAAAAAAGGAAAUAAGGGUGCAGAUGUUAGGAUGACGUUAGCAUCCGACAAACGCAAAUCAAACAAAAAUAGAGUUCCGCCUAGUGAUUCUUACGUAAGCAAUUAUAGAUGAUUUAAUUAAUCAAAUUAAGAUUUGGAAAAGGCAGAAGAAUCAUAAUUGAAUGAAAUAUAACUUGGUAAAUUUAAAUCACACAAAUUAUCACUAAAUGAAGUAGAAAUUAAGUUGAAAGUAGAAAAAUAGAGUUCUAGCAUCAUGGCGGCAAUGUGUCGACGAUGCACGAGAAUUCUAAGCAUUCGGGAAGAUUAUCGUGCAGUGUCCAUGGCCUCGAAGGCUCUCAUUGGACAAGGACGACGUGGGUAAUCUCUAGAUAUCCUUGCGAAGUCUAGAGAUCAAUGAAAUGGGUCAUCGAAUCAUCUCCGACAGCUGUCACACGGCAGAGCGAAAAAAUGACGACUCUGUGGCUCUCUAGCGGCCAUCAUUGACAUGACUUAGUCGUUGUAUAUUAAAUCACGCAAAUAUAAAAUUUAUAAAACUAGAAAAUACGAAUUUUUAGAUAUUUAGAAGUGUUUCUGAACAAAUAUAUAAUUUAUAAUUUAAUAAAACUUCCAAAAAUAGCAGUAAUUUUCUAAGUCAAUCAUAGGGAUGUAAUAUAAUAUCUGGUAAUUAUUCAGAAUUUUUGGCAAAGAAUACUAUUUUCUAUGAAUUUUAUACUAGGAAAUGAAAAAGAAAUAUAUUUAAAAUUCACGGAAAAAAGAAAUAAGGGUGCAGAUGUCAGGAUGACGUUAGCGCCUGGCGAACACGAAUCGGCCAGAAACAGAGUUCCGCCCGGGGAUUCUUACGUAAGCGAUUACAGAUGAUUUAAUUGAUCAAAUUAAGAUCUGUAAAAGUCGGAAGAAUCGUAAUUGAAUGAAAUAUAGCUUGGUAAAUUUAAAUCACACAAAUUAUCACUAAAUGAAGUGUAAAGUAAGGUGAAAGUAGGAAAACAAAGUUCCGGUGUCGCGGCGGCGAUACGUCGGCGAUACGUCAACAAUGCACCGAAAUCCUGAGCGUUCGGGAGGAUAGUCGUGUAGUGUCCACGGCCUCGAAGGCUCUCCUUGGACAAGGACGAUGUGGGCAAUCUCUAGAUCUCCUUGCGAAGUCUAGAGAUCAAUGAAAUGGGUCGUCAAAUCAUCUCCAGCGGCUGUCACCCGGCAGAGCAGAAAAACAACGACUUUGCGGCUCUCCAACACGUGUCAGGGAGCUUUAUCCUCAGGUCCGAACAGCAAGAGGAGGCUCUUCAUCGCAUCUGGUAUGCUAUCAAGAGGUGGCAACUCGUCUCCUAGUAGAUCGUCCUCUUUCCGACGAUGGCUUGUUCGUCGAUCAAUCGGAGAUGCUUUACUCGAUGGAUUCGCAAUCCUUUUAUCGCGAAUUGUUCAGCAAUUUUAGUAACAAUGCUCCGCGAAGCGCGUUGACGAGAUUUUCGUCGAUGAUGCAGCGAUUCUGGUUGCUUAAUCCGUCACCGACGAUCUGCAGGAAAGUCGCGAUAAUCAGAUAAAAAAGAUGAGUUUUGGCUCUGGGAGGAUUCAAACCCACGCCGGUUGCCCCGCCCCUUCUGAAAAGGUGACGCGGGUUUAGUCCCACAUCGGUUGUGCGCCAAAUUUUUAGGUGAAUAUAUAGUAAUGUUAGAUUUCUAAGCAAGUCCCUUUCUCGCGCGUGUAUGACCACUCCUUGCCCCACAGUUGGCUGGCCACCGGUGACGUGGAAGGGGAGUGGCGCACACGUGCCCCCAUCGGUUCAAGCCGCUUGAGCCCCUGCUCGCGGCUACUCCCCGACUACACUUCCGACCCACUUGCCCCGGCUGGCCGGCGGGUCCCCCAUUUUGCUAUAUUUUUAUUUUUAUUUCUUUUUCUUUAUUUAUCUCAAAAGUAAGACUGUAAAAAUCUUAUAAACUCACAUAAUUACCCAAAAAUUCACGUUAUUCAACUGAAAACCACUUUUCACACUUUAACACAAAUAUAAGUCUAUUUAUCAUGAGUUAAGGCUAAAACUAUAGUGGCUUGAACCAUCUUUGACAGUUGUCACUUGGCGGAGCAAAAAAAUGAUGACUUUGUGGCUCUCUAGUGGCUGUCACAGAUGUGACUUAGUCAUUGUAUAUUAAAUCAUGUAAAUAUAAAAUUUAUAAAACUACAAAAUACAAAUUUUUAGAUAUUUAGAAGUAUUUCUGAACAAAUAUAUCAAUUAUAAUUUAAUAAAACUUCCAAAAAUAGUAAUAAUUUUCCAGGUUGAUCAUAAGGAUGUAAUAUAAUAUCUGAUAAUUAUUCAGAAUUUUUGGCAAAGAAUAAUAUUUUCUAUGAAUUUUAUACUAGGAAAUGAAAAGGAAAUAUAUUUAAAAUUCACGGAAAAAGGAAAUAAGGGUGUAGAUGUCAGGAUGACGUCAACACCUGGCGAACGCGAAUUGAGCGAAAAUAGAGUUCUGCCGACGAUUCUUGCGUAAGCAAUUACAGAUGAUUUAAUUCAUCAAAUUAAGAUCUUUAAAAGUCGGAAGAACCGUAAUUGAACGAAGUAUAUUUUGGUAAAUUAAAAUCACACAAAUUAUCACUAAAUGAAGCGUAAAUUAAGUUAAAAGUAGGAAAACAGAGUUCCGGCGUUGCGACGGCGAUGCGUCGGCGAUGCACCGGAAUCUUGAGCAUUCGGGAGGAUCGUCGUGUAGUGUCCGCGGCCUCGAAGGCUCUCCUUGGACAAGGACGAUGUGGGCAAUCUCUAGAUCUCCUUGCAAAGUCUAGAGAUCAAUGAAAUGAGUCGUCAAAUCAUCUCCGGUGACUGUCACCCAGCGGAGCAGAAAAACGGCGACUUUGUGGCUCUCCAGCGGCUGUCACCCGACAGAGAGGAGCUGGAUGGAGGUGGGGCGCGUGUCAUGGAGCUUCAUCCUCAAGUCCGCACAACAAGAGGAGGCUCUUCAUUGUUAAGGGACUAGCAAUGAUUUAAGUUGGGAGGUGUGAUAAGUCUUCAUUAUCAUGAGUUAAUAAUUAGUAAAUAAUAUAGUUUUAGCCUUAACUCAUGAUAAAUAAACUGUUUGUGUUAAAGUGUGAAAAGUGGUCUUCAAUUGAUUAAUGUGAUUUUUUGGGUAAUUAUGUGAUUUUAUACGAAUUUAUAUGAUUUUUACAAUCUUACUUUUGAGAUAAAUGAAGAAAAAGAAAUAAAACUAAAUAUUGCAAAAUGGGGGGACCCCGCCGGCCAACCGGGCCCGCAAGCGGGUCGGAAGUGCAGUCGGGGAGUAGCCGCGAGCAGGGGCUCAAGCGGCUUGAAUCGAUGAUGUGGGCACAUGUGCGCCACUCCCCUUCCACGUCACUGGUGGCCAGCCGGCUGUGGGGCAAGGAGUGGUUGUACACGCGCGCUUGAUCGGGAAUGUAAUAUUACUUUAUAUUCGCCAGAAACUUCGGCACACAACUGAUGUGGGACUAAACCCACGUCACCUUCCCCAGAAAGGGCGGGCAACCAGUGCAGGUUCGAAUCCUCCCAGAGCCAAAACUCAUAUUUUUAUCUGAUUAUCGCGACUUUCUUACAGAUCGCUGGUGAAGGAUUAAGUAACCAGAAUCACUAGAUCAUUGGUGAAAAUCUCGUCAACGCGAUUCGCGAAGCAUUGUUACUCAAAUUACUGAAGGAUUCGCGAUAAAAGGAUCGUGAAUCUAUCGAGUAAAUCAUAUCUAAUUGAUCGACGAACAAGCUGUCAUCAGGACGAGGACGAUCCGCCAGGAGACGAGUCGCCACCUCUUGAGAGCGUACCAGAUGCGAUGAAGAGUCUCCUCUUGCUACGCGGACUUGAGAAUGAAGCUCCCUGACUUGCGCCCCACCUUCAUCCAGCUCCUCUCCGUCGGGUGACAGUCGCCAGAGAGCCGCAAAGUCGCCGUUUUUUUGCUCCGCCGGGUGACAGCCACCGGAGACGAUUCGACGACCCAUUUCAUUAAUCUCUAGACUUCGCGAGAAGAUCUAGAGAUUGCCCACGUCGUCUUUGUCUAA